UCAAAAAGCACAAAACAGUGCAAUGUGUUUAUGUAGAGUGAGAUAUUUGAAGUAUACAAUGAAUUAAAGAUUCUAAAAGUUUAAUUAUUAAUUUUGAAAUGGCUUUUGUAUGCAGGCUAAAUCGGAACCUUUUCUGUAACUUUUAUAGAAUACAAUAUACUGCAAGAAGAACCAUAUUAUCUGAAGCUUAUUUGUGUGAAGAUGCAUGGCAGAAAAGAUUGGAAGAUCCAUUGUUAAAAAACAUAAAUUUAGAUCAAUACUUUGUUGAAACAGACAGAAAAUUUGGAAGUAAGCGACUUGCGAGUGGCGUGGAUAUUGAUAUAUUUGCAAAUUGUGUUCAAAGUGAAUCUGAACUUGAUGAAUUAGAACAUUUACUUUACAGGUUUCGUAGGACAAAACGAGCUGUAGAAAUAAUGGAUUCUACAAUAUAUGCUACUAUAAGAAUUUAUUUGAAAUUUAAGCAAUAUGAAACAUUGCUUAAAAUUUUGGAGGAUCGGGAAAAUUAUGGCAUUUUCCCUGAUUUUUUUUCAUAUAAUGUAUUAAUGGAUACUUUUUUGAAGGAAAAGCUUUACAAAGAAGCUGCUCAUACUGCUGUUCUCAUGAUGCUACAAGAAGACUUCAAAAACAAAAUAAGUUGUGUACUUGCACUGUAUUCUUGUCAGAUGUAUCUCAAUGAAUGCUCACUUGAUUCAUGGUAUCCUCCAAAAGAACAACAGGAGGAAGCAGUAGAAAAUGAAGAUGAAGAGGAAGUGACUUUAGUGCGUGUCCCAUUUAUUAGGGAGCCUUGGUUUGAUGACCAUUUUGAUAUAACUAAUCCAAAGCAUUUGAUUGGAAAAACUUUCUACUUAGUUGGUCGAGAAAUGAAUGAUCCUCUGGCUCGAACGUAUCAGUUGUUAGGUCUAGCAAUGUAUGAAAAAUGGGAUAAAGCUGCCAGUUUAUUGAAGGCAUUAGAAAACACUAGAGAAUCACCUGCUUUACUAAGUGAAGGAAUUGAGAAAGUUAAGGCAGAAAUUGAUUCCAUUCCUGCUGAUGAAGAACAAACAAAAGAAACUAAAGAAAAAUUGUCUAAUCAGUUUGAAUCAACCUUCCAGACACUGAAGCAAGAAGGCAAAAUUUUAACAAGUGAUCUUAUGACAGCACUUAAUUUAAAAAUUGAAGAAAUCAAAAGUUUAGAGAAUGAAGACAUUCAAAUGCAGAAAAGGUUAUUCGAUGAAUGGAGAAAUUUACGUAAGCAGCGUCUUGAUGAACAAAAGAAAGACCUGGAUAAAGAAAGGAGGUUAAAGAUUAUUGAAGAGAAGAAAGAAUAUUUAUAUUGGAAAGAAAAAUUGUUGUUCUUCUUUGAAAAUGAAAAUAAAAUUUUGGAAGAAGUUAGAAAGAUAGAAGAAAUGUCAAAUAAGCUGAAGGCUAAAAUUCCUGCUGAAGAUGCCUAUGAACCCCCUGAAAUAGUAAAGAAACCUGUAGAAAGACUGUCUAAAUACAAAAAAUUAAUACGUGUUAAAAAAUUGUAAUAUAAUUUUAGGAAAUAAAGAUUUUAAUACUAAAAUAAAAA